GUCGAUAUGAUGCCCGUUGACUUGUAAGUCGAGCGCAGGGAGGAUUUAUAAUCUGCGUUUGUUAAUCUCGCCUCCCAAAUUCAUUGUCUCAAAUGUUAAAACCACAAUAUUUAGUGAAUUUCUAAAUCAAAGUGAUGGUGAUGACGGUUGAUUUUAUACAGUGCCUUAUUUAAUUUCGUUGUUAACUGUGUUGGAGUGAAAUAAACACAUGAAAGCUUUAACGACUGACGUGCAUUUGUUUUCAUUAUGACCAAACGCCGAAGAAUACUUCACGCGGACAAAAUAAUACAAAAUGUUAUGAAUGUGUUUUGUUUGUUAAUGUUUUUGCAGUUAAAAGGUUACUAUUCAGUAUCCAGUAACCCAAUAUUACUAUACUCCACGGCAUCAGACAUUCGAGUAGUGAACACCUCAAAGAUUGGCAAAGUCAAUACUAUAGUAAAAGACCUAGAACAGGGGUCUGCGGUGGACUUCCUCCAUCGUAAGGACCUCAUUUGCUGGUCUGACCAAACUGCAGAGUUAAUACAGUGUAUGAACUAUAAUGAAACUCAUGUAGGAGAAAAGGUUAAAAUAGUAUCAGAGGGGUUAAUUACUCCUACUGGAAUAGCAAUAGACUGGUACACAGACAAAAUAUAUUGGACAGAUGGGGAGACCAAUAGAAUAGAAGUUAUUAGUAUAGAACAAAAGUACAGGAAAGUACUGUUUUGGUCAGAAGUGGACCUGGCCAGGGCCAUAGCUGUUGUUCCUAAAGAAGGUUUGAUGUUUUGGACGGACUGGGGCGAAGUACCCAAAAUAGAGAGAGCUGGAAUGAAUGGCGACCCAGCUACACGCAAAGUAAUAAUUAAAGAAAACAUAUUCUGGCCGAACGGCAUCACAAUAGACUAUGACAACAACCUUAUUUACUGGGUAGAUGCUAAACUGCAUUUUGUUGACGUGAUAGACUUUAAUGGGGAGAAAAGGAAAAGUGUUGUUAAAGAGGACCUUGUGUACCCGUAUGCACUCGCAUUUUAUAGCAAUAAGCUUUAUUGGACUGAUUGGAAAACAUGGUCAAUUCACACAUGGGAUAUAUCUACAAAUGGUCCCAUGAAGGAGCUUAUCAAAUCUGACCCAGUGCCUGUUGACCUGAAGGUCUAUGACGGGAGCAGACAGUUGAUGCCCACUGGAGACUACCCAUGCAAGGAGAAUAAUGGAGGCUGUUCUCAUUUAUGUUUACUUUCCCCUACACCUCCAGGUUACGAGUGCGCCUGCCCCACUGGCUCGAAGCUCAAGGAGAACAGCAACACGACCUGCUACGACAGCCCGCAGUCGCUGCUCAUAGUGGCGCAGCGCUCCGCCAUAUCCAAGAUCUCACUGGACUCGCCAGACUUCACGCCUUACACAUUACCACUCAAGGACUUGAAGAGAGCUCUCACUGUGGACUUUGAUCCGAAGUCAGAGUAUAUUUACUGGGCUGAUAGUUUGGCUAAGACGAUAUCCCGCGCGCGGCUGGACGGCAGCUCGCAGCAGGUGGUGAUCCACAGCAGCGGCGUGCCCGACAGCAUCGCCAUCGACGCGCUCGCUGGGAACAUCUACUGGACAGACCCCGUCACCGACACCAUCAGCGUGGCCCGCCUCGACGGGACCUCCAAGAAGGUGAUAAUCCAUAACGAGCUAUACGAUCCUCGUGCGAUAGCCUUGCACCCGGUGGCCGGCUGGAUGUUCUGGUCUGACUGGAACGAGAAGAAGCCCAAGAUCGAGCGCGCCAACCUGGACGGCAGCGGCCGCCUGCUGCUCGUGUACGAGAGGCUCACGUGGCCCAACGGGAUCGCGCUCGACACCGAGCGGAACAAGCUCUACUGGGGAGACGCCAGGACGCAUAAGAUUGAGGUUUGCAAUAUGGACGGUACUGAGAGAAAAGAACUACACAGCAGUGAAAUAUUACACAUAUUUGGCCUCACAUUACUUGGAGAGCACCUCUACUGGACUGACAUGCAGAAACGAACAUUGGACAGAAUUAACAAGAAUACAGGUCUGGAGCGGCAGGCGGUGGUGGAGCAGCUGGCCAACAUGAUGGGUGUGAAGGCGUUCCGGCUGCGCGCGGCCACCGCCAGCAACGCGUGCGCGCGGGACAACGCGGGCUGCUCGCACCUGUGUCUCAACACGCCCGCCGCGCACGUCUGCAGCUGCCCGCUCGGGUUGGAAUUAAGCAAAGAUCGGAAGACUUGUGUGGUACCAGAAGCAUUUCUAGUGUACAGUCGAAAAAACGUCAUAGGCCAUAUUAGUAUAGAAAACGAAGAAAAUGACGCCAUCCUACCUCUUAAAGACCUUAAAGAAGUCAGUGCCUUAGCAGUACAUGUGUCAGGCAACAAGCUGUACUGGUCGGACAGCAAAACCAAGACGAUAAAUAGAUGCUCAAUAAACGGAUCUAAUAUGGAGAAAGUUUUGGAAUGGACGGGCUUGGUUGAAGGUAUGGCAAUUGACUGGUCGGGGCAGAACAUCUACUGGACGGACACGGCGACAGCCCGCAUCGAGGUGUCACGGCUGGACGGCUCGUCCCGCCGCGCGCUGCUGUGGCAGGCGCUCAAGAAGCCCAAGAGCAUCGCGCUAGACCCCAGGAGAGGCUACAUGUACUGGUCAGAGCUCGGUUCCAAGUGCAUCAAACGCGCCGGCAUGGACGGCUCAGCGCCCACUGUGCUCAUCGAACAAGUAGGCAAGGUCCACUCCAUAGCCUUGGACCACGAGAAGCGCGCCAUCUACUGGGCGGCCUUAGACCCGCCAGCCAUAGAGUUUGCUUACCUCAAUGGAACCGGAAGGAAGACUUUAGUGAGCAAUGUAUCGAUGCCGUAUACUCUAGCUCUGUAUAAUGAUAAAGUUUAUUGGGGAGACUGGAAUACAGGCGUGGUGGAGUCUGCGUCGAAGCUGGACGGGUCGGGGCGCGCAGUCGUGCACUCGGGCGUGGAGUACAUCUCGGAGCUGAAGGUGUUCGCGGGGGCGCGGCGCGGGGGCGCGCAGUGCGGCGCGGGCAACGGCGGCUGCGCGCAUCUGUGCCUGGCCGCGCCCGCGCCCCCGCCCGCGCCCGCCUACCGCUGCGCCUGCCCCGCGCACUACCGCCUGGCGCGCGACAACCUCACCUGCACGGAACCUGAAGAAUUCCUGAUAUUCGCACAAAAAAAUGCUAUUGGACGAAUAGUUGUCGCCAAUGGAGAAUGUAACGACGCUUACAUACCACUGACUGGACUGAAGAACGUUAAAGCCAUCGAAUACGACCCUGUCAACAAACAUCUCUACUGGAUGGAUGAAGACUCUCACUCUAUCCGUCGGGUCCCCGUCUCCUACUCUGUGACGUCAGCUAUCACUGACUCCACUACCGUGGUCUCAGGUCUAAGCAGACCAUUCCACAUGGUACUAGACAUAUUAGGAAGAGCCCUGUAUUGGACCUGUGCCGACACGGACUCCAUCAACGCCACUUCCAUCGAUAAUAACUCGUCUUCAGGGGUCAUUUUGAGAGGAGACAACAUGAUGCCGCGACAUUUAGCUUUUCACCAGACUAAACGGUUUCUGAUCUGGAACGACGCGGGUCUGGGCGUGAUAAUGCGCGCCAACGUGGACGGUACGGCCCGCGUGGAGCUCGCGCGCGCCAGCAACGCCACCGCGCUCGCCGUGGACCACAACACCGGCACCGUGUACUACGCGCUCAGCCGCCAGAUACACGCCGUCGACCUUGACGCGUCCAACAAACGCGUGGUGUGGCAGGGCGGCUGGGCGGGCACGCUGGCCCCGUACGGCGGCUGGCUGUACUUCAGCGGCGGCUCGGGCGCGCUCAUGCGCGUGGCGCUGCACCGGCGCGACGCGCCCGCCGCCGCCGUGCCGCACGUGGCGCGCCUGGCCGCCGCGCGCGCCGUGCCGCGCCUGCCGCGCGCGCACCCCUGCUGGGGCGGCGUGUGCGGCUGCGCGCUGCGCUGCGGCGCGCCCCCGCCCUGCCACCCGCACCGCUUCCUGUGCGACGCCGCCGCGGAGGAGCCGCGCUGCAUCCCGCACCACUGGAAGUGUGAUGGCCAAAAAGACUGCGAGAACGGUGCAGACGAAGCCGACUGUGGCGCCUGCGCAGCCGGACUGCGAUGUGCUGACGGCGCAUGCGCAGCCGCACUGGGCGCUUGUGACUCAGGAGCUUACUGUGAAAGAGCACCUCUACCUGAUGCAUUCCGUUGCGACGACCGGCUGUGCCUGGCGCCGCGGCUGCUAUGCGACGGGCGCGCGCAGUGCGAGGACCGGUCGGACGAGGCGGCCGCCACGUGCGGGCUGGCGGGGGCCGCGCCGCAGGCGGGCGGCGCGCGGCGCCUGGGCGCGCUGUGGCUGUGCGGCGCGCUGGCGGGCGGCGCGGGCGCGCUGGGCGCCGCCUGGGCCGCGCUGCGCCGCCUGCGCCGCGCGCCGCGCCCCGCCCGCGCGCCCGAGCCGCUGUGCCCGCUGUCGCCGCUGCGCGCCGCGCCGCCCGCGCGCGCCCGCGCCGCGCUCAAGCGGGACCCGCCCGAGCGCGCGCGACCGCUCGGCGCCAGCUCCACCGACACGUCGGAGAGUGUCUGCCUGCGCUACCCGCGGCCCACGGCCAACCCGCCGCCGUCGCCGGCCACGGGCAGCUCGGGCGCGGGCGCGGCCCCCCGACGCCGCCCGUACCGUCACUACCGCGCCAUGAACCGCCCCCCGCCGCCGACGCCGGCCUCCACAGACGCGUGCGAGUCGGAGCCCGAGCCGGCCGCGCGCGCCCCGCCGCCCUCGCCCGCUCCGCGCAGGCACUGACCCUGCCCGACAGGUACAGGUACAGGUACAGGCGCCUGAGCGCCACUAAUUAACGAUAAAAGAGAACAACAUUUUUUUCUUUGAAAAUUCUACAAAGACGCUCUAUCUGAGCAUCAGUUUAUUCGGGGUCGGUAAGACAAUUCUACUUAUUAAAUUAAGAUUAUCAGCUCGUGUCUAGUUUGAUGAGCAGCCAAAUGCAGAUCCUAUACUGGACAUGACAGACAAAAAGGGGUAUUUGACUAAAAAAAAUCUAUAAAAACCUGAUAGAUUUCCAAGAAAUAUCGAAUUCACAUCAUAUUCAUACAUUUUUUUUAUCGACAAGUGACUUUGCUGGCUGAUAAUAAAACGAAGAAAAGAAAAAAAAUAUAUGCCUUAAUGUAUUUUUUUUUGUCAAUACCUCAUUCUAAUAACUUUACAUUAAAAGUUUUACUUGCAAAAAUAUACUAAGCCAAACGAAAUGGCUGUUAUAUGUUUCGUAUUCACGAAUGUGAUGUGUACGCGCCUUCGUACAAUCAUUGUUUUUAUGGGCAAGAGUUAGAAACACGGCUGAAUAAGUGUGGUCAGAACCAUUGGCGCCUUUAAAAAAAAGUGACUAAGCACUUACACGUGUUAAAUACAUGCCUACAUUGUUGAGUUAGCUUAUCUGAUAUGAUGAAACAUAGUUAAAAUUAAUAUUAUUACAGAUGUUGAUGACUAGCUUUGUAAACGCCCCCGACAUGUGUCAUAAACUUAUAGAAUUGUGUAUCAUGAAUACAAAACAAUUCAAUAUUCUAGUCUACUUUAAUAUUCUCAGUGUAAACUUUAAGUCGUACCAACUGAUAAAUAUAUGAAUCAACAUAAAAUAGUUUACAAAAUAUGACGAAGUUAAUUCUAGGGCUAAAUAUUGUUAUGAAAGUGUGAAAUUACAACUUGGUGCUAUUUCACUGUUCGUGCCUCAUUAAUCUUUAUAAGAAUAAAUCUCUAUUGUUUGUAUUAUAUAGAAUAGGUUAAGGGAAAACACGUAAGCCUUGAUACUGGAUUAAGAAAUAAACAUUGAGUGAAGGCUUUCGUCGAUUAAGUAUUCUGUUGACAAUUUUUUUAACCAGUAGCAUAUUUGUAAAUAAAUUGUAUGCCAUUUGUCAACAACUUAUCCAUCGAAAACAAAUACGGAUUUUGUUUCGUAACAUAUAAAAAUUCUAUGCCUAGAUUACUAUAACCAUAAACUGAAUUAACGUGUUUUUUCCUGACGUUGUAAAUAAAAUAUUGUAAACAAGUUUUAUAUAGAGUAAGUAAAUAAUUAACUAUAUCUAUAUAGUAAUGUGUAAGUUACAAUUAUUAUACACAAACAUAUUUGUUUUGACUUAUUGAAGCUACGCGCUUUUAAUUAAUUUAGACGCCCAUUGAAAUUGAACAACAAUAAUUAAAUAUUGGUUUGUGGUUCCUUAUUUGAAUUAGUAAAAACUACUACUUUUUGUAAUGUUUUAAAGCAGACAAUAACAUGUCUUUGUAAUAUGUAUUUCUAUAAGCAAAAAGAUAACAGUUAAAAUCAUUUUUACAAAAUAAAAAAUGCUUAAUGUUAUUAUUACAGGAAUCGUUAAAAAAAACUAUGUAUGUUACAUGUUGUUAAGCACAAAUAUCAUUAGUUAAUGAUCACUCAUUGUUUCUGUAUGUAUCAAUUUAUUUUUGAAUAGAUUAAGUUCAAAGAAACGUUUAUUUGCAGUUGCCAUUUAAAUUUGCAUUUUUUUUUUGUAUAGAUAUCUAAGGCAACUAUAUAGUUAGAUUAUUUCGAUUCUAAAUAUCUAAAACUGACUGACUGUGAGAUUUUUGUAAUAAACUUUUGUACCUGUUA